AUGAAAGGCGCUCAGCAGUUCGUCGUGCGCAAGGAGGCUGGUCAGUUCGUCGCGGAAGAACGCUACUCAGCGGACUACGUCACUCCUCAGCUACAGCCUUCGCAGGAAGUCACCCUCAUCUUCGCCAGUGAGGAAGGUGGCAACAUUGCCUGGGGGGUGCUGGUGCCGAUGAAGGCCUGCAGUGGAGGGAACAGGUAUCCCAUCGAAGAUGUGAGCAAGUUCAUGCACUGGGCCUUGGGUGCGGAGCAUGCGUUCUUCCACCACUCACGACGAGGUCAGUUCCAUGCGAACCUAGUUUCCGGCCCACCCACCACGGAGGACAUGAGUUCGUACUCAUCUGCAGACAUUCUGAUGCCAGAUGUUUCUGUGGUCAUGGGCGCAGGCGGUAAUGAUGUCAAGAAUCCCUACAUCUGUGGCAUCUUUGACCUGGAGCAACUCCUGCCAGCAGGGAAGGAUAUCUCCUCGAAAUUCCACGUUGCGAAGUUCUCUGCCCUUGUAGACCAAGACUCCGCGCAGUACGUCCACCACAUGAUCCUCUAUGAGUGCGAGCCCUGGGGUCUUCAAAAUGCCGGCUACACGCACCUCUCCAUUGUGCCUGAAUGCGAGUCUAUGCCCCCAAGCUGCAACUCAAUGAAGUGGCCCUGGGCCGUGGGCUCCGAGCCACUGGUGCUUCCCACAAACGUUGGCAUGCCUUUCGGCAGCGGCAGCCGUUGGUACGCACUGCAGAUGCACUACUACAACCCUUCGCUUCAUACAGGGGUGCGGGACAGCAGCGGAGUGCGGCUGACGUUUGCCCCCGCCCUGCGCACCUUCGAUGCCGCCGUGUUCCGGUUCAAUGGUGGCACCGACUCAGAGAUGAGAGCGGAUAUCCCGGCAGGGCAGCAAGAGUACGUCCUGAAGGAAGCCGUCGUUCCCUCUCAAUGCACUGAUUCCUGGACGGCUGACGAGCUCAACGUCGUGGGAGUGGUUUAUCAUGCCCACUUGGUCGGAAAGUCACUGAACAUCGACGUUGUCCGUGCUGACACCCUGGUGGGCACCAUGCGUCUGGAGCACCUCUACGACUUCAACCAUCAGUCGCUUGAGCCACCUUCGGUGAAGAAGAUCCGCCGUGGAGACGACCUCGUCCUGCGCUGCGCCUACGACACCUCUGGCAAAUCGACGCCAACGUCCUUCGGCUUGGACCCUGAACAGUCGUUCCGCGAGGUCAUCCAGGGAUCGGCAGGGGACAGGUAUUCUGAGGCAGCCUAUCAGGUCCUCAGCGACAUGGGAGUACGUUUUCGGAGUCAGCACGUGGGAGGUCGUUAUUUGAAAGGGAUGGUGGACAUGAACUCCACUCCCGCGGAUCUAUUCAGCGGCAAUCAGAUCCUCGUCCUUGGGCACAAGCCGCUUGAUCGGCUCGGCCCCGAGCUUCAGAGCGUUGGCUGGUAUGAGAAUGACACGAACGAGAGCACAGCUGCCAUGAUCGGCAAAAAGGUCGUUGUAGAGCAAGUUUCAGCUCACUUCUGCAUCUCCCAGGAUACGGUGUCGGGUACUUGCGUCUCUCUGGGUUUUGCGCCUUGCGAACAAGUGGCGACGGCUGAGCGGAAUCCGGCCAUUCCCUUGGAGGAGCUUCUGCCGGAUUCACCAUCGGAGGGCAGCCCGGGCCUUCGCACACGCCGUCGCAUUCCGGUGCUAAGAGGGCUGCUCGUGGACAGCCUCUCCUUUGGCACGUGCGUGAGGACUGCAGCCGCGCCCUUGCGGAGGACGAAGGUGUUGAGCCUCUUUCCGCGGUAUUUCGUGAAGUCCGAGCUGGAGCAUGCCAUUGAGCUCGGUUUCGAAGGGAGCCCAGCAGAGGUGGAGAUUCGACUGGAGCCCGGGGAGUGCAUGCCAGUGCAUCCACCAGCAAGUCUCGACAUCUCCGACAGGCUAUACUUCCGUCACGACGGCCUGACGUCCGAGCCCUUCUCCUUCCAAGGCCUGGACGGCGUGGAGCACUGCCGCACCUUCCACGUCUACCGGGACCGCAGUGGUGACUCAGGGCAGGGACGAGUCGAGCCGCGCUUCGUUCAGGUGGACAUCCAGAAGACGACGUUUCCUGCCAAGAACCAUGUCCCUUUGGCAGAGGGCUACUUCCUGGUACUUCGACCCCGCGACUUUCGCUCCAGUGAGGAUUUGUUGUUCCACUUCGACAACCAGACACCAUACAGUUACUUCGCCACCAUCUCAGGUGGUGGCACACAGCGCUCGUCCAAGUUGCUGAUUCUGGAAGGUGGCAUGCAUCUUUGGCAGCACCUCUUUGGCUAUCAGGAUGCAGACGAGUGCCUCAAGGUGCAGGUCAAGUUGAUCCGCGACAACGCGGCUCUGCGCGAGCACAGGCCCAGGCCAAGUCGCGCUCUCGUCAGCCUGAGCCUGGGUGAUGCCCUGACGUCCCGAAAUUCGUCGAAGCCCUUCGCCCUGGAGGCAUCUCUGAGGCUCACGGCCGCCUACCUGGAGCUCGCGCCGGGCACUGCCGAGGAGCCGACAGAUCUAGUGCUGGCCGAGACGCUUGCAGGCUCCUCCUAUUGCAUGGCACGGUGGCAUCGGCGGCUGCGUGUCCAGGGCGAGUUUGUGAUCAACUGCUGGCGGACUCAAUCUUUUGUGCCGCACAAGGCUCGCGUGGAUCUCAUCUUGGAGGACUUGAACCGACAGAAGAAAUCGGUUGAUCCCGAGGUCUUCGUUGCUGCGAUCCUCUCGGUGGAAGCCUGCGAGGGUGAGCAAGAUGCAGAGAAGGGCAAAGAGCGUGUGACGCUCGCACUUGGAGACAAGUGGCAGGUGUGCUUCGUGUCUGGAGACCGCUUGCGCUCGGGAAUGCUGUCAGGUUCGCCGGCGUGGCGCCAACAGCUGCUAGAGGCAAGUGCGCGCAACGAGGUCAUUGAACUGCAGACGCACCUGGAGCUCACCUUCUCUACGACGGAGGGAGGAGCUCACAACUUCACCGUCAAGCCGGCUCCUGGCUGGUCGGGUCCUGCAGUCCGGGACGAGGCUGAGGGUGCCAAGGAAAAAGCGAGUUGGAACUUGUCCAUCAAUGUGCCGGUGCUGUCCGUGAGCUGGAUCCACCGUCACGAAGAGGUCUUGGCAGUGCGCGUGAAAGGGAUCAAGCUGGAGGUUGGUCAGCAUGCCACCGAUCGAAGCUUCGACAUUGGCAUGCAGCACCUGCAGGUCGAUCACUUCAUGGACGGUGGCGAGCUGCCUGUUGUACUGCGCUGCUCUCGGAAGGUCAAGUACAUGUCUCGAAUGUUGAACAGAGGCCUCAAAAUUCAAUUGUUGUCUAGCGGGUGCAAGGUCUGCAAAGUAUUGGGGAACGGUGAGUUGCAGGAGCUGUUAGCCUGCGGACUCAUGUAUCGACUUCUUCUGACGACCAUCUGUUUGAGCCUGGCAAGUCGGGCCGUCGCCAUCCGGAGCCGAGAGGAUGGUGGUGGAGACCUUUCCAAGGGCGAGCUGACAGAGGCAAUCCAGGAUGGGAGCGACAUUCUGGAAGAAGCAUCUGCCACCGGAAGUUACAUAUGCUGCCUCUGCCGGGUGCACCACCGGAAGUCGCAAUACUUUUCAUUUUCGUACAGCUCCGGGUGCAGUCGGGAGAGAGGGUGUAGUUUUGCAUAUACCGGCAAGUGCAGCCGUUGA